AUGGACGAGGCAAGCAGAGAGCUACUUGCUCUGCUAGACGGCCUUCCACUUGCGCUGGCACAGGCUGCCUCGUAUCUCCGCGAGACCGAACGGGGUGCCGCGUUGUAUGUUCGGUUGUAUAAGCAGCAGUGGGAUGACUUGGUCGGAUCCGACGACAAGUCUGGCACGUCAGUAGUGGAUUACCAGCGAAGCAUCGGAACGACUUGGAUGAUAUCAUUCAAAGCGAUUGAAGGGGAAAGCAAGAUUGCCGCAAAUCUUCUCCGGCUCUGGGCCUUUCUCGACAACAAAGAACUAUGGCACGGCCUACUGCAAGCGGCUACAGACGGCCAAGAACUGUGGCCUAAGUGGCUCUGCAAGAUUGCAUCCAACGAGGUCAACUUCUUGCGUGAGGCGAGGCUACUGCUCCGCUACUCAAUGAUUGAGUCUCAGGAGUCGGUGCCAGGAAGCUACGCAUUGCACCCGGUAGUGCACCAAUGGACCUCACACAUGCAAAAUGUCGUCGAGAAGAGAGAGUUCCUGCGACUGGCAGUAAUGAUUGUCGGGUCAUCGGUGCCCAGUAGUACGACCAGAGGGUAUUGGAUGCUUCAGAGCCGGCUUCUCCCUCAUGCAGACACAUGUUCGUGGUGGAUGCGGAAGAUUUGUAAGGCUGGAUGGAUUUCCGACGAUAUUAUGACUACAGGGUCAAUUAACGACCUUGGUCUUCUCUACUAUAACCAGGGCAAGCUGAAGGAGGCGGAGGAGAUGUGCCAGCGAGCACUUGCAGGCUACGAGAAGGCACUGGGUCCAGAUCACACGUCCACUCUUGAUAGAGUCAACAACCUUGGUUCUCUGUAUUCUGAUAUGGGCAAGCUGAAGGAGGCGGAGGAGAUGUACCAGCGAGCACUUGCAGGCUACGAGAAGGCACUGGGUCCAGACCACACGUCCACCCUCAGUACAGUUAACAACCUUGGGGAGCUCUACCGUGUACAGGGCAAACUGAAGGAGGCGGAAGAGAUGAACCAGCGAGCACUGGCAGGCUGUGAGAAGGCACUGGGUCCAGAUCACACGUCCACCCUCACGACAGUCAACAACCUUGGUCGUCUGUAUUAUGAUCAGGGCAAGCUGAAGGAGGCGGAGGAGAUGUUCCAGCGAGCACUUGCAGGCUACGAGAAGGCACUGGGUCCAGAUCACACAUCCACCCUCAUGGCAGUCAACGACCUUGGUCGUCUCUACUAUAACCAGGGCAAGCUAAAGGGGGCGGAGGAGAUGUACCAGCGAGCACUGGCAGGCUGUGAGAAGGCACUGGGUCCAGAUCACACGUCCACCCUCAUGACAGUCAACAACCUUGGUCGUCUCUACUAUAACCAGGGCAAGCUAAAGGGGGCGGAGGAGAUGUACCAGCGAGCACUGGCAGGCUGUGAGAAGGCACUGGGUCUAGAUCACACGUCCACCCUCAUGACAGUCAACAAUCUUGGGGAGCUCUACCGUGUACAGGGAAGGCUAAAGGAGGCGGAGGAGAUGUACCAGCGAGCACUGGCAGGCUACGAGAAGGCACUGGGUCCAGAUCACACGUCCACCCUCAUGACAGUCAACAGCCUUGGUCUUCUGUAUUCUGAUCAGGGCAAGCUGAAGGAGGCGGAGGAGAUGUUCCAGCGAGCACUUGCAGGCUACGAGAAGGCACUGGGUCUAGAUCACACGUCUACCCUCGAUACAGUCAACAACCUUGGGGAGCUCUAUAAUAUACAGGGCAGGCUAAUGGAGGCGGAGGAGAUGUUCCAGCGAGCACUGGCAGGCUACGAGAAGGCACUGAGUCCAGAUCACACGUCCACCCUCGAUACAGUCAACAACCUUGGAACUCUCUACUAUAAUCAGGGGAAGCUGAAGGAGGCGGAGGAGAUGUACCAGCGAGCAUUGGCAGGCUGUGAGAAGGCACUUGGUCCAGAUCACACGUCCACCCUCGUUACAGUCCACAACCUUGGAACUCUCUACUAUGAUCAGGGGAAGCUGAAGGAGGCGGGGGAGAUGUACCAACGAGCACUGGCAGGCUGUCGGAAGGCACUAGGUCCAGAUCAUACGUCCACCCUCGAUACAGUCAACAACCUUGGGAAUCUCUACUGUGUACAGGGCAAGCUAAAGGAGGCGGAGGAGAUGUACCAGCGAGCACUGGCAGGCUGUGAGAAGGCACUGGGUCCAGAUCACACGUCCACCCUCAUGACAGUCAACAACCUUGGUCGUCUCUACUAUAACCAGGGCAAGCUAAAGGGGGCGGAGGAGAUGUACCAGCGAGCACUGGCAGGCUGUGAGAAGGCACUGGGUCUAGAUCACACGUCCACCCUCAUGACAGUCAACAAUCUUGGGGAGCUCUACCGUGUACAGGGAAGGCUAAAGGAGGCGGAGGAGAUGUACCAGCGAGCACUGGCAGGCUACGAGAAGGCACUGGGUCCAGAUCACACGUCCACCCUCAUGACAGUCAACAGCCUUGGUCUUCUGUAUUCUGAUCAGGGCAAGCUGAAGGAGGCGGAGGAGAUGUUCCAGCGAGCACUUGCAGGCUACGAGAAGGCACUGGGUCUAGAUCACACGUCUACCCUCGAUACAGUCAACAACCUUGGGGAGCUCUAUAAUAUACAGGGCAGGCUAAUGGAGGCGGAGGAGAUGUUCCAGCGAGCACUGGCAGGCUACGAGAAGGCACUCGGGCAGAACCAUCACCAGACCCGACGAGUUGCAAAUCGAUUAAAGGCAGUAAUUCAAUCGCAAAAGCCCCGCAGAGGAAAGUUAUCUAGGCUUCGCUUUUGGAAAUAA